CAAGCGUGCAAGAUAGGCAAACAGUUGACCUUUGCUCUCAGUCAAACAAACCACUCGGUACCGCCGUUCACUCACCGUAAAGCAAUUCUUGUCAUUCUUCUCUCAUCAUGUCUCUACACGACACAGCAAGCGCUGAAAACGAUACUAAAGUGAAAGAGAUGGACGUGCCGGUGCGAUUAGCAUGGGGAAAUGUGAUUACAGUGAGCCUCCUGCAUUUGGCAGCUUUCUACGGAUUCUACCUGCUGCUCAGUGGUCGCAUUUAUUUCUACACGUUCCUCUUUUUCUUUCCACCUUAUUGGCUUGCUGGUCUCGGCAUCACCGCCGGCGUGCACCGUCUGUGGUCUCACCGCUCGUACAGCGCGUCAUUCGGAUUGAGACUUUUCCUCAUGAUUUGUAACUGCAGUGCAAUGCAGACGCAUAUAUACGAGUGGAGUCGGGAUCAUCGAACGCAUCACAAGUUCUCGGAUACGAACGCGGAUCCGUACAACGCGAGGAGGGGGUUCUUUUUCUCCCACAUGGGGUGGGUGGUGUGUCGCAAGCACCCGGAUGUGAUAAAAAAGGGCCGCACUAUUGAUAUGUCGGAUCUGGACGCUGAUCCUGUUGUUGUGUUUCAGAAGAAGUAUUAUAUACUUUUGGCUCCUUUCUUUGGAAUCAUUCUACCGACUUUCAUUCCUCUUUUGUGGAAUGAAUAUUUUAGUCAUGCGUUCUUCAUCACCAUGCUCCGUUAUGUUUCCAGUCUCCAUCAGACUUGGCUUGUGAAUAGUGCCGCCCACAUGUAUGGAAACAAACCAUACGACAAGAACAUCAACCCAACAGAAAACUCGCUUGUCAGUUGGCUAACGAUUGGCGAAGGAUUCCACAAUUACCAUCAUUGCUUCCCUAAAGAUUAUCGUGCCAGUGAAUACGGAUUCACAGUCCUCAGUUUCACAACAUUCUUUAUUGACUGCUGUGCAUGGCUUGGAUUGGCCUCAAACUGCAAGCCGACACCGAGGGAUAUGAUCGAACGAAGACGAAUGCGGACGGGACAUCAUGGAUAAAUCAACAGGAACACGUAGAUGCUAAUCGAGUGCAAUGUAGUGCUUAUAACUGUUUAGUAAACAGCGUGGUUAUGACAUUUGUAUGUUCAGUCUAUAGUAUUAAAAUAUGUUGGAUUGUUUGACUACACAAUAUACUGUUGCAUUUGAUAUUAAUAAUAAAUCAAUUAUCACA